UCACCUGCCAGGAGCUGUCAUUUGACAAGGCGACACUGGAAUUUUUUUUGACCCUGAAAAUGAACUUUGGGAGGAUUUUCCUAGUCAAGUGCAUGCUGCUUUUAUUUCCCAGUCUAAAAUGCUCUGUCGUCAAUAGGAUUUACAAGGCAGUGAAUGAGACGGCUCUUCUCAACAUCGCUGCUCCUGGGGACAUAUAUCAUGCAAUAUGGCACAGAGAUGGACACAGGUUGGUUCAGAUCAAAAAUAAGGAAUUUAAGUACUAUGUGAAAGAAGACCAGUGCAGGUGUAAGAUACUCGAAAAUGGGACUCUGCAAAUACAUCACGUGGUGAAAGCGGACAGUGGAAAUUACAAAGUGAUUGUUUAUCAGCAUGAUGGAAGAUGGAAGGCAGAAGAAGAGACAAGGUUCCUUGUUCAGGAGCCUGUCCCUCAGCCAAUCCUCAGUGCUGAAUGCAUGAAUAAAACUGUAUAUGUCAAGUGUGAAGUGCAGCACAAGGCUAAAGAUGAAGAAUUUACAAUAGGACUGACUCAACCCAAUGGCAGAAAAAUCCAAAAGAAUGCAACUAUGUUGGAAUUGCAGACACGGCACUCGGGGACAUUCAGAUGUGCUGUUAAGAACCAAGUCAGUGAAAAAAUGGUUGAAAAAGCAAUUAAGUGCUCAGGUAAGCUGGACCUUUAUCUCAUCUUAAGCAUAGCAGGAGGUGCAGUCUUUUUUGUCAUCUUUGUGAUUUGGCUUAUUUAUUGUAUCAGGAGGAGAAAAGCAAAACGGCGUGAAGGUGACGAUGAGCAGCGGAUGAUGAAGACCCUGCAGGCGGAGUGUGAGUGGGCGGUGCGGGAGCUGCCCCCCACGCCGUGCGCUCCCACCCCGAAGCAAGUGCGGGUGCAGCAGCGGCCGCUGCCGCAGCCCCAGGGGCAGCAGCAGCCACAGCCCCCGCGGCCCCGGCCCCGCACUCAGCCCCGCACUCAGCCCCGCACUCCGAACACCCCGAAAGAAAGACCUUAAAUGUGCGUCCCGGGAGGAGGGAUGGUCGUCUGUCUGCUCCGCCGUUCGCUGGGGAAAGGAAGUUUCCAAAAGUCAGGAGCACCUCCCGCCCAGCCUUGCGUAAUGCUCAGCUAUGAAACGACAGCUUUUGUUGCAGAAAAUUAGAGAGAGAGGGCAUCAAAUGGAGAUGAGGAGACCUGGUGGAGGAGAUUCAAGGUGAUGGGCAUUCAUCCCUGUGGCCAUUUUUCUUCAUGUGUCUCCAUGUUAGGGUAUGGAGCAUUGAGCCUUGAAACCUUUGUCUUUCUGAGGUUCACUUUUUACUGCACUUUGUUGCCUUUGUGCCUUUUGGAUGGCUGAUAUCAAGAGGAAGUGAAAGCUCUAGUGAGACAAAAUGGACCCAUGGAUCUUGCAGGGUUUUGUCAUGCAUAUUUCUCCUGCCACUCCUUAGGACAGCUCUCUGGCUUCAGCAUCAAACACAAAUAUGCGACCUCCUGGACCAAAAAAUAGUUAUAUGUAAUUAAAUGCUUGCCUGAAGUUGAAAGAAUCAAUGUCAUCUACUGCAGAGAACAAAAUACUGAAAGGACAUAUAAGAGCCUUGAAGCACCUGUGUGGGGAAAAAACACGAGUGGGAAAGGAAUAAGCUUUCCCUUUUGCCACUGUGUUUAGAACAAGAAACCCUGAGCUUAAAUUGCAACAAGGGACACUUAUGUCAGGACUUUUUUUUUUCUAGAUGAAACAUUGAAAUAGAUUUCUGGGAGAGGAUCUCUAGCACUGGGGGUUUCAAAGGGUGGAUGAGACAACUGUGAGGCAUCCUCAUCCUGCUGAGGGCUGGGGGAACGUGCUACACGGCCUCUCCAAUGACUGUUUCAGCUCAGUUUUUGUGUUGGCAAAUAAAACAAACUUUUAUUCUCAGCAUGCCUGUUUAGCUAUACAGACAUUUUUUUCUCCUAGAAGAGUUCUGGUACCUGUUGGCUCAUGAAACAAGCAUUAUGAACUGCCAAGCAGUCUGAUUACUGGUGGCAUUGUCUGAAUUGUCAUGGCUUUCUGUCACAGGGCCUCCUGCUCAGGGUGAAGAGACCACGUCUCUUGAUUCUGCUGGAAAACACUUCACUCACAACAAGGUGAUGACAGUGAGCUGCUGAAAGACCUCCCUCUCAAAGGGAAAAGUUGAACUGUGGUAGCUGUACCUGCAUUACCCUCUGUGUGCGGGACACUGUUCUCUCCUCUGGUCCAUGGAGAUGUUCAUAAACUUCCUCUACAGCUGAGGGGCCAAGAGAGGACAGGUCUUUUUUAGAGCAAUGAUUGAAUGGGUACACUGGCCCAUCUGGUGUAAGAGGAAGUGCAGGUGAAGGAGGAGAGUUGUGAGAGACACAGAGUAUGAGACAUCCAGCUAAUUUGUUGGUGUUAGGCAGAAGAACGCAUAAUACCUCUUGCAGGCUUGACUAUCUUACACAUUCCCAUGGAGAUAAACCAGCUAUUCUUUGUUUCUUCCCAGAAAUCUGACUGGUAUACUCCUCUGGUAUAAGGGAAGGGAGGUAUAAGGAGAAGGAGGUCUCUGACUCCUCCAGAGCUCAGUCACUUCUUUAGAACUCUCACACUGGGCACAGCCCUGAGAGUGUUACUUGCUCUUGCCUUAGCUUCCUGCAGCUUGUUUUAGGGCUUUCACCAGUUAAAGUUGCCCUUGGUAAACAUUUCAUGGUUUAUUUUUUAACAUACCAUAUGCUAUAUCCCUGCAGUGAAUGAAUAAAGAAAAGACU